AUGACUCCUGGUGACACAACUGUCGUUAUCAACAGACAGGACGAAAUCGACCACAAGAAACUCGAGAUUCAGAUGCUCAAAUCACGCCUAAAUAUGAAGCGUCUCAAACUUAGUGUUGCUAUUAACGAUAUUAAAAGCUAUUGCUUCGAGCAUGCAGAUGCGGAUCAACUUAUUAAUGCUUCCAAAGAUGAUCCAUUCAAAAACAAGAGAAAGUGUUCCCUCAUUUAG